AUGGGUGUUUGGAGGCUUGAGUGUAUGGCGAUUGUAUGCCCCGAAUGUGGUGUUGACAAAGGAACGAAAGUCUACUCGCAUCUAUUCUAUGCCCAUUCUUACAGUAAAGAUGCUAUAGAACGAUUCAAAGAGAGGAAGCGUCAGGAUAAAGUUUUGGCUAAUUGCUCGGAUUCAAAACUAUUUACAUGCUAUCUAUGUGGUCUACCGUACUCAAAACGAGAUUCUCUCACGAAGCAUUUAGUGAGGAAACAUAGCGAUGCCAUUUCCAAUGAGAUACGGAGAGGUCUGGUAUGCCCGCUUUGUGGAGAAGAAGUGAAGAUUCAACGUAAUCUCGUGGAGCACUGGAGUCUUGUACAUUCUGCGCGUCCUGACGACUAUAAAAUAGAGAAAACUUUUUUCAACGACAGAGAUUCCUAUGAGGAAUGGCGGUCCAAAACCGAUGAAAAAAACAACCCAAAAUUGGUGAUAGUGAGUACGAAGACAUUCGGUAAUAAAAAAGUACAGCAUUAUCGCUGUAAUAGGACUCUACGGAAAAAGAAUUUCGCUCCAAGGCGAUCGAGAACAAAGAAGAAUGUCACUUGCUGCACUGCUUUCAUGGAGGUUAUCGAAUGGGGAAAUACGUUCGAAGUAGAGUACUGCAAAACUCAUUGCGGGCACGGAGAGCUUUUCGGGAACGCUGAUGGGAAAAUCGAAGAGCUUAUACCACAUCCUUUGGAAACACUCUCCAAUAUACUGCAGUCGAACAAGGAACUACUUCGAGUUUUUGAUACGGCUGUUUCUGCUUUGCGUUCAAAACUGCUAGAGCUGUCAGAUGUACCAGAUCAACAAGUAAACGACCACCUUUCAAUGGUUGUAGACAUUGUUAAAAAUGCAGAUAUUUCGACAUCAGCAUUUUGCAUAUCCAAUCCAAUACUGGAGCCAUCACGUGUUAUGACUACGGAAGCUAUGGUUGCACCAAAGAUUGAGCCGGGUGCCAAGGCACCAAAAGUCGAAAUUGAGGAUUAG